AUGAAGCUUGCGCCUGAUGGGAUGUUCAUGAAGGUCGGAAGAGCGACGCGUCCAACAACGCGCUUUUUUCACGAAGCGAGAUUAGACAUGGGGCCAAUCAACAACGGUGCGAUGCGGGAGCCAGUGUCGACUUGGGCCGGCAUAGCCGUGCAUAAACCGGCUGUCCAGAUCCGCGGUUGCCCUGCUCGUGUCUCUGCAAAUGUCAUCUAUUCGAAUCUCAUAUUGCCACAAGAAUUGAUUAUCUCUCGUUUCUCUCAACAGCAGGUGGAAGUUACAGCAACCGGCGUGAAGAAGAUCGCUAAGCGAGCGCCUCAUUCAAGCCGAUCAAGCAGAUCGACUGCGCUGGCUUCGCCAACACCUCGGAUCCGUGAAUGGCGGAUGGCGGAAUCUGGCCUCCUCUGCGCCCUCGGUCGGAUGACUUUCGUGGGGGAUAAUCCUGGUUGCUACAAAAGCACUGAAGAUGUGCAUAGUCACCGACCUGCCUUGGUAGAUCAAAGUUUGAGUACGAUGCAUGUACUACCAAGCCUUGAUACGCUCAUGCUUGUGGAACUUCUAAUAUAUCUUCACAAACCAGAAUUGCUUGUGCUGCGUUAA